AUGAUUGGCGACCACCCACGAUUCGACACCCGCUGUAUGACUGUGUAUGACGCAUCCUCAUUCACAGUGCCUCGGCGUUUAACCGUGGCGAAAGUUCUCGUGUUGGUUAUAUACGAAAAUAUUGAUCAUUACAAAUCUGUUUCCAUACCUACCUACCUACCUACCUACCUACCUACCUACCUAUCAAUCUCUCUCUCUCUCUCUCUCUCUCUCUCUCUCUCUAUCUAUCUAUCUAUCUAUCUAUCUAACCAGCUCACAAUAUACCUACCUACAUACCUGGUUUAUUCAGAUCUAUCUACCUACUUCGUCAAUUCAUAUCUAUCUAUCUAUCUAUCUAUCUAUCUAUCUCAGUAUUUUCCUAGUCUGACUGACGAAUCUAUCCAGCGCUCUUCUAAUAUCGAUAUACAAUUUCUUCCACUCAAAUUGUCCGCCAUGUUAUUUCUCGAUCACCGAUCAGCGUCUGGCCUUCCAUAUUGGUGCCAGACCUUGACACGCGAAUAUAUAAUUGCUGUGUCCCAUCAUGACUGGAAAUCCUGUAUAUACCUAUUUAUCUAUAUGUUUCACUUUAUUCAUAUCUAUCUAUCUAUCUAUCUAUCUAUCUAUCUAUCUACAAUUAUAUUCUAUUGUUCGCUAUCUAUCUAUCUAUCUAUCUAUCUAUCUACAAUUAUUUUCUGUAAUUCUAUCUAUCUAUCUAUCUAUCUAUCUAUCUAUCUAUCUACAAUUAUUUUUUGUAAUUUUAGCUAUCUGUGCAUCUCUCUACAAUUAUUCUGGUAUUGUUAUCUAUCUAUCUAUCUACAAUUAUUUACUGUAAUUGUUAGCUAUCUAUCUAUCUAUCUAUCUAUCUAUCUAUCUAUCUAUCUACAAUUAUUUUCUUGUUCAUUAUCUAUCUAUCUGUCUGUCUGUUCCUUAUCAAUCCGUCUAUCUGUUCAUUAUCUAUCUAUCUAUCUAUCUAUCUCUGUUGUUCAGUCUGUGUUAUUCAGUCUUUUCCCAUCUAUCUAUCUAUCUAUCUAUCUAUCUAUCUAUCUAUCUAUUUCUGUUGUUCAGUCUGUGUUAUUCAGUCUUUUCCAAUCUAUCUAUCUAUCUAUCUAUCUAUCUAUCUAUCUCUGUUGUUCAGUCUGUGUUAUUCAGUCUUUUCCCAUCUAUCUAUCUAUCUAUCUAUCUAUCUAUCUAUCUCUGUUGUUCAGUCUGUGUUAUUCAGUCUUUUCCCAUCUAUCUAUCUAUCUAUCUAUCUAUCUAUCUAUCUAUCUAUCUAUCUAUUUCUGUUGUUCAGUCUGUGUUAUUCAGUCUUUUCCCAUCUAUCUAUCUAUCUAUCUAUCUAUCUAUCUAUCUAUCUAUCUAUCCAUCGCCGUUGUUCAGUCUGUGUUAUUCAGUCUUUUCCUAUCUAUCUAUCUAUCUAUCUAUCUAUCUAUCUAUCUAUCUAUCUAUCUAUCUAUCCAUCGCCGUUGUUCAGUCUGUGUUAUUCAGUCUUUUCCCAUCUAUCUAUCUAUCUAUCUAUCUAUCUAUCUAUCUAUCUAUCUAUCUAUCCAUCGCCGUUGUUCAGUCUGUGUUAUUCAGUCUUUUCCCAUCUAUCUAUCUAUCUAUCUAUCUAUCUAUCUAUCUCUGUUGUUCAGUCUGUGUUAUUCAGUCUUUUCCCAUCUAUCUAUCUAUCUAUCUAUCUAUCUAUCUAUCUCUGUUGUUCAGUCUGUGUUAUUCAGUCUUUUCCCAUCUAUCUAUCUAUCUAUCUAUCUAUCUAUCUAUCUAUCUAUCUCUGUUGUUCAGUCUGUGUUAUUCAGUCUUUUCCCAUCUAUCUAUCUAUCUAUCUAUCUAUCUAUCUAUCUAUUUCUGUUGUUCAGUCUGUGUUAUUCAGUCUUUUCCCAUCUAUCUAUCUAUCUAUCUAUCUAUCUAUCUAUCUAUCUAUCUAUCUAUCUAUCUAUCUCUGUUGUUCAGUCUGUGUUAUUCAGUCUUUUCCCAUCUAUCUAUCUAUCUAUCUAUCUAUCUCUGUUGUUCAGUCUGUGUUAUUCAGUCUUUUCCCAUCUAUCUAUCUAUCUAUCUAUCUAUCUAUCUAUCUAUCUAUCUCUGUUGUUCAGUCUGUGUUAUUCAGUCUUUUCCCAUCUAUCUAUCUAUCUAUCUAUCUAUCUAUCUCUGUUGUUCAGUCUGUGUUAUUCAGUCUUUUCCCAUCUAUCUAUCUAUCUAUCUAUCUAUCUAUCUAUCUAUCUAUCUAUCUAUCUAUCUAUGUUGUUCAGUCUGUGUUAUUCAGUCUUUUCCCAUCUAUCUAUCUAUCUAUCUAUCUAUCUAUCUAUCUAUCUAUCUAUCUAUCUAUCUUUGUUAUUUAGUCUGUUCCUAUCGAUCUAUCUAUCUAUCUAUCUUUCUAUGUACGUCAAUCUUUUCAUUAUCUAUCUUACUCUCUGUGUCUGUCGAUAUUUUCCCAGCUAUCUCUCUAUUGCAGUGUUACUAACUACUUCAGUCUUUUCAUGUCUAUCUAUUUAUCUACGUACGUCAAUCUUUUCCUUAUCUACCUAUCUAUCUAUUCAUCUAUGUCUGUCGAUAUUUCCAUAUCUAUUUAUCUCAGUGUUACUAUCUAUCUACGGCUAUCUUUUCCAAUCUAUCUAUCUAAGUUAUCUUUUCAUAUCUAUCUAUCUAUCUAUCUAUCUAUCUAUCUAUCUAUUUAUCUAUCUAUCUAUCUAUCUAUCUAUCUAUCUAUCUAUCUAUCUAUCUGUGUUACUAUAUAUCUAUCUACGUCAAUCUUUUCAUAUCUAUCUAUCUCAGUGUUACUAUCUAUCUAUCUAUCUAUCUAUCUAUCUAUCUAUCUGUCCAACACUCUCCAUUUUCUCGAUAUCAAACUGA